CAACACUUAUGGCAGCUACCAUUUCCGGAAAUCAAAAAACCUCAUUGCGCAGACAUGCACCUGAACUGGAUUUCUCGUACUUGCCAUUGUUCAAACAUUUAAUUACAUGAACCUUGGAGUUUCGCUGUGUUUUCUGCAGUGUUGGUACACUUUCUGUGUACAACCAUGAGCUCGAGAUUUGAACAGUUCCUGAAAUUUUGCAAGGGUCAUUCUCCAAACACAGAAAUCCUGAAGCUGGCUAACAAGCGUUUCCUUGAGGCUGACAAGUACUACAUUGACUCUGCAGAAUUUCUGAGCCUUGUUGAUUCCACAGAAAAUAAAAUUGCCACUGAAUCGGCAAGGUUUUUUGUCCAUCUUCGGGAUUUUCUGACAGUGUUAAAGGAUCAUAAAGCUGAAAAUGUUGAGUGUUCAGUCCAUCAUUCUGGUUUGGAUGGUGGUAAUAGUGACAGUGACACUGCAUUUGUGUCUACCAUUGGUUUGAGUAACAGCCGAAUUAGAUCUAAUUCACGGGAUAGUGAAGACAGCAGGAAGCAUGAUGUUAUCUGUAAGGUGGAUUUUGGGAAAAAGAGGAAUAAAUGUGAUGAAAGUGACAGUGAUACCUCCCUCCAUCAAGAAGUUAAGAGGAAAAGAUUUGAGAAGAAGAAAAGAUUAGAGAAAGAUAAAAGAGAAGCUAGUGAAGAUGCUGAUAAUGAUAGUUACGUAGCAGAAGAGUUUGGAAACAAUGAUGUUGAGGAUGAAAGUGAUGUGGAGGAAGAGUAUGGAAACACAUGGGUUGACACAGAAAAACCUUGGAGGCAAAAUUCUAAAACAUAUACUCAUGCAAUUUCAAGAAAAAAUGAAAUAACCAUAUUGAGAAAAAAAUGUAAUGAAGAUUUGGAAGAAAAUAUUUCAAAUUAUUCAUUUGAUGCAGAUGUUGAUGAAGUUGAUUCACUUGAUGCAGAUGUUGAUAAAGUUCAUUCAGUUGAUGCAGAUGAUAAAGUUGAUUCAGUUGAUGUAGAUGUUGAUAAAGUUGAUUCACUUGAUGAAGAUGUUGAUACGGUUGAUUCCGUUAAUUCAUGUGUUGAUAAAGAUCAUUUUAAUGUUGAUGAGUGUCAAGAUUUACAAAAUAACACAAAUGAUGAUGUAAUUGGGGGACACACAUUUGCAGUUGAGCAUACAAAUGACAGUAAUGAUUGUGAAGGUGAUGAAGAUGUACACAGCAUGAAACGAAAUGUUACUGAAAGUGAAGACAAAGAAGUUAUUGACUGUGAUCAAUUAACAUCAAGUCCAGUGUCCCUGCCAUCAUUAAGUCAAGGCUCAUUGUGUUCAGAGAAUGAUAUCUCAGACAAACUACCUCCAUCAAAUAUUGAACCACGUUUGUCCUUAAAAUGUGUUGAAAAUCCUGACAUAAUUACUGAUGAACAUGCUUUUUUAUCUGAUAGUAACAAUAUUCCUGGAACAGACAAUGAAAGUGUUUGUUCCGGGAUCUCCAUAAAUUCUAUCAAAGAGAAUUCAUCUUGUUUGGUAGAACUUGAGUUACAAGAAAAAGAUGAGGAAGCAGAAAAUGUAUAUAGUUCAUCAGAUGACGUGUCUUUAAGCAAUCAUUGUAAAACUUCAAAGAAAGAUGUUUUUGAAACUGUUACAUUAGAAGAGGAACUUGAACCUGAAGAAACUCAAACAAGUGAAAAUUCUAAAGCUCAAAAUGUGGACACAUUGUCUGAAGAGUCUCCUAGUGAAAGUAACAUAGAAAAAGUUUAUGAAGAAACAGAUAUAGUGAUUAUUGAUAGUCAGAGAAAUGACUGUUAUGUCAUGGAUCAGGUUAACAAAGAUCAGAAUAAAAUGGCUGUGAAAAUUGACAUGAAAAACAAUUCGGAAUCAGAGCAGAUUUCUUACCAUUCUGAAAACCAAGACAUAAUAAUGCGUUCUGAAGAAAUUGGCGGGGAAAACAGAAAAGGAGAUGAUAGAUUAAAAGAAAAUAACAAAGGAAGUAACAUAGAAGAAAGAUUUGAAGUUCUUGAAUCAGAUGAAGAAAAUAAAUCUAUUGUUAUAAUUGAAACUCCAAAAGCACUCUCUGACAAGGCUGAAGAUGUUAUUAAGACAAACAAUGCAAAGUGUGAGAAAGAAAAUCAUAAGGACAAUAGUGAUGAUGAGAUGCUUAUUGCAAGUGUCGAAAAGGAAGUUAUGUCUAUAAAAAUUAAAAAAUCAUCUGCUAGGACGGGUCAUUGUAAAGUUUUAGACAAAGAUCCCUGCACAAGUAUGCCUAAAUCAGCCAAAAAAAGCCUAAAUUUCUAUGCUUCAUCAUCUGAUGAGGAAGAUCCUGAUUAUGCUGAAAAGGCAAGAAAGUUUCGUGAAAAACAAAAGAAAAGGUAUAAAAUAAGUGUUGGAAAGAAGAAUAAAAGAACAGGUGAGGCAGAAGCGUCAAUUAAAAAGGGAGGUCCUGUCAAAAGACUUGGUUUUGGAUUAUUUAAGCAAAGAAAAAAGGAACAUGACCUUAUUCCUUUGGAAAAGCACAACAUAAUAAUGAAAAAAGGUGUUUGCCAAAGUCACCCAAAAAGUCUCCUGCAAAAAGCCCAGCCCUCUUAA